AUGGGACUUAUUGGGUUUCUACCACAAUUCUCACCGUCAUAUGAUGUGUUGUCUGGAGACACUUCAUUCAUUGUCAGUAUGGAACUACCAGGUUCACCAUCAGAAUUAGAUGUUCAAGUUGGAAUGAUUGAUCGCCGAACACUAGUAAUCCGUGGUACUAAAGAAGAUUACAAACGUCCAAAUGAUUCUUAUGUUAAGGUUCCACAAACAUCGGUCGGCCAUUCUCCGAUACGAUAUGGUCACUUUAACCAAGUUAUCACCUUUGACUCUGAUAUCUCUACAGAACUAGUCAAUGCAUCAAGGUGCGAUGGUCAUUUUAUUGUUAUUCUUCCUAAAAGAUUCCUCCCAAUACCUCCUCUUUAA